AUGGCAGAGCUCACAGUGGGUUAUGUGUCUGGUAUCAUUGCUGCUGCCGUCUUUUUGGUCCGCCUAUUCGUUCCUACUGUUAUAAGUUUGAUAGUUAUCGGUCAUCUUCCAGAGGAGAAUACGAUCGUCUCAUGGUCCGUUGUCAGUCGGCUGAUUCAUUCGUCCUACUGGCCAACGAUACUUGAUUCUGAUACUGCCGCCAGUACAGGGGUCAGCAGAGCGAUCAAAGCUUGCAACUGGCUACAGUUGGGUGCGCUUGGGCUUAUUGCAAUCACUGGAAUUGUAACCCCUUUGGGCCUAUAUGAUACGAUUGGCCCUGGUGAUACCCCGACGAAUGUCCCAUUCCGUUAUGCCUCUGAUACAUCGCCGUUCGGAAAAGCCACCCGAUCGAGAGAUGGAUAUAGAUCACUGAGGAUCUGUUACGCAGAUGAUGACCCCAAUACCCCGGAGGGAUGUCCUGGUGCGCCGCCAAACAUCGAUGACAUUGAAGACCCCUCUGAGGCGUACUCCAUCUGGCCGAGUAGUGUUCAUUUAUUCACCAGCGGAGAUGUAUCGCCGACUGUUUCCAGCCUAUUCGACAUCCAGUGGAGGUCGUUUCGGUCGACGAACAACGUGGCCCUGAACAACGCGAGUGUAGUUUCUGAAGGAUAUUACCGACAAAUCUCGCAGUUACUCAUGGAGGAAGAAAUCCUAGCGGUAGAGGGAUUGAUCAUUGAUACCAAAGCCGGACGCAUAGGUUUCCGGAACCAUACUGUUCCUGUCGAUGUGCCUAUGGGUGCGAGGUGGACAGAAGAUAUACUGUUCAUCGAACCUGAAGCACGUUGUGUGAACACCAACUUGACUGUGGACUACAGGUACAACCCGUCCAGUGAGUCAGGUAGCAUUGAGGACACACGGGACUCGGUCCUGGUUGACCACGGCGGUUUUCGCAACCUACCCCAUGCAACCUAUGAGAUAGACAAAGCAGACUUCCAGAACAAUGUAGCAUUGUAUGAGCGUGCCUACAAUGCUGCCUGGAGACAUAAUAUGCUAGUGAUGCAGUUCCUCAAUGUAACGACUAACGGUUCUGAUGGACUGGCACCCUUCGCCUAUAUGAAUUCAGAUAUCGGAAAGAAGUUCGAUGUCCGCGGCAUAUCGAAUAUCUUUGUUGCGCCUGUGACUGUUCAGACAGACGUUGGGUAUGCUAGGUUCCUUGAACUGCCGUCUCCUAACCAGUCAGCAACAACAACGUCACUCACCCCUACCCCUGAGGGCCCUAACCCGUUCAAUCUCACUUCCCGCGAUACCUACGCAAUUGCGCAGGAGGCUUGCCAUUAUCCUUCAAUGCAAGAUCUGUCUAACCUAUCGUUCAUUGGUGUGACUUGUGGCACUGUUUUCGCGGCACCCGCAAGGAUUGAUGGGGACCCGCUCAUCCCAGACACAAAUAGUACUUGGAGCACUCCGAUCUACUCCUGUGCUGCAGCAGCAAAAGCAGCUGUACGCAAGGUCACCUUCAAAUUCAAUGGGACAGGGGAGCUGUCCAGACUUGCAAUCGAGAGUAUAGAGCGCUCAUCAAAACCUCCACUAUGGGGUGUCGAGCGAUUAACCAACCACACGUUAAGAAACGUACGACCUCUCUGGGGCAUCGUGUCUCCAGAUGUAGGCACUCGUGACGACAUCUCCACUCUCCAAAGAGACCAUCUCUGGCUUCCUGGUUAUCCAGAUCUAUUCGUAUCGGACUUCGGUACCGGAGAGCCAAACAUGCCCGGGAACCGGUUUUAUAUGGACAGGCUGUCAUCCAUCUUCGAUAUCAAAACUGUGGACAAAUACAGUUCACGUUAUACGGGGCUUAACGACUUGGCUCUAUAUAACCAAUGGCUUGAGCUAUCCCAAUCACCAACCGGCGUUGAGCAGAUGCUCAAACUUAUGUGGACUGACAUGGCGGCCAAUACUGUGGUAGGCACGCGCGGGUGGCAUAGCACCCCUUCGUCAAGGAAUGGAGAGGGGCUGUCAAAGCGAGACAACGGCGAGGUGAAUGUGCCGGUUGCCUUGUGGUCACAUAAGAUUGAAUAUCGACUGCCGUACGCUAUCCCUGCGUUUAUAUUACUGGUCCUCUGCAUAGCACUGGGAGCAUGGAGUAUUUGGCUCCUUAUUCUAAGGCGCAUCAGCCUGAAGCAAAUGCGAACGUACCUUGCUCGUACAUCUGCAGGUAGGAUACUCGGGCAUGCGCUGCAUGAGGAUCAAGGGAACAUUCUUGCAUCUACAGACGCGUGGCUUCAGCAGAUAGGCUUACGAAAAGCCACGUUGCCAGGACGGGAUGAAGACAGCGAAAUACCAUUAUUAGAUAUGCAGCGGACGCCAACCCACCAGGAAACUAUGGGAGAUAAGAACUCUAAGUAG